CGUUGUUCACCUUCGUGUCCAACUGAAUUUUAUAACUCUUCGCCAGCUGCCUUUGUACUGCCGCCGAUUUUACGAUUCAUCGCCAGCUACCCUUCUUUCUUUUUUUUGGGUUGGGCACAAGUGAAAUUUCCAGCGCAAACAGCGCUAUACACACGCAAAGAUGGGUAAUUCGGCGUCGUGCCCAGUACACGACCUUUCCGCAGAUGCUACCUCGCCAAGUUUCGGGUCCAUGACCUUCUACACAUUUGACAUGAUACUGGGCGGCGCAUCCGCUGCGUUUGCUGUCAUCGCUAUUUUCCUGCACUUGCUUAACCACGCGACACAUCUCAGCGUGCCCCGCGAACAACUAAAGAUCAUGAGAGUCGCUCUUCUCGUCCCCUCCUACUCCAUCAUCUGCUUCCUCUGCAUCUGCUUGCCCAACGCUGCCGUCUACCUCCUCCCUUGGCUUGACGUCUUCACGGCCAGCUGCCUAGCCGCCUACUUCCUCCUUCUCUGCGAAUAUGUGUCGCCCCACGACCAUGGGAGGGAUCUCUUCUUUUCUACUAUUGAGCUCAAGGAUAAGAGGGCUCGAAAACAGGGGAUGGACGGCGCGAAAUGGUUCCGACAACGCUGGAUUUGCGUCUUUCAAUACGUCCUCAUUUCGGUGCUAUGCGCAAUCGCAACCGUCGUGACCGAAGCAGUCGGCGUCUUUUGCCAGUACAAGAUCAUGCCGCGCUACGCCAAACUAUGGCUCGCCAUUAUCGACAGUAUCUCGCCGACCAUUGCCUUCGUAUCGGUGGUAUUCGUCGCACUGACCAUGAAGCCUCAUAUGCCGCAGCAGAGGCUUAUUUUCAAGCUUCUUUCCGCUAAGCUUGUUGUUGGCCUCGGUUUCACUCAAAGGAUUAUCUUCUGGAUCCUCGAAAGUACCCCCGUGCUGAAUCCCACCGAUAAGCUCACCUACGCCGACUUAAACAUUGGCAUUCCGGCUCUUCUCAGCUGCCUGGAGAUGGUUCCCAUCUCUCUCCUCGUCAUCUGGGCGUACCCCGUGGCCCCUUACAAGUAUGGGCCGGCUGGCGAAGCAUGCGAGCGCGAGCCUGGAGAAACUUAUCCCAGGACGUAUCAGGGAGGGUUUCUCGGAGUCAGGGCAUUCAUUGAUGUGGUGAAUCCCGUCGAGACCGCUAAGGGCGUCGUUAUUGCAUUUCAGCUGCUCAUUGGACGGCAACCCAGCCUGUCUAUGGCCCGUAGAUAGUUGCCGCGAGAUUGGCUUGGCGUAUAUUAUAUAGAGGCGGCGUCGAGCGUUGUUUUAUCUUUCCUGUUUAUUGAUCAUCUCGGC